ACCACUCGCUUGGAGUACUCGGUUCUAUGUGGUCAUAGUACGAGGCUAGGUUCUGUCCUGAGUGCGUCGGCCUGGUGGAAAAAUUGGUGCUCUUAGUUGUUGGAUUAGCUGUGGUGCUGGGGGAACGAGCUUGCUGAGUGGAUGCUGCUAGGUGACCACCGGAAGGAAGCGGAAGCGGAAGUGACAAAGUGCAUCGCGUCUGAAGUGUGCGUCGUGCUCGUGCGUGCGUCCGUGCGUGCGACGAAAGAAGGCUGAUCGAUCGUCAGUAAUCCACCCGACGGGGCUGGUCUGUCACGGAGCAGAGCGUUUUGGGAGAGGCUAGAGAACACUGCCAGCAGCGGUAACAGCAUUUUAAGGAGCAACCAUGGCCGACAAAAAGGUAGCAGAACAGUACUAUGCCCCGCCGCCCAAGCUGGGCAAAUGGGAUGGCUUCAAGACGUUCAUGUGGAACAGCGAAACCAGCCAAUGCCUUGGCCGCACCGGAUCCAGCUGGGCGAAAAUUCUUUUCUUCUAUCUAUGCUUUUAUGCUGCCCUUGUCGGAUUUUUCGCUGCAAUGUUGGCCGUCUUCUGGCAAACACUAGACAUGAAUAUACCCAAAUUUCAGCUCGAUAGCUCGUUGAUCGGAUCGAAUCCAGGAUUGGGUUUCCGACCGACACCACCAGAGUAUCAGAACGUGGAGAGCUCGUUAAUCUGGUACAAAGCUUCCGACAAUGGAAACGUCGAAAUCUGGACCAAGCUGAUCGAUGAGUUUUUGAUGCCUUACACACAAGAAGAAGAUAACCGCGUCGACUGCUCAUUCGACAACCCACCACCGGAGGGCAAGGUUUGCAAAGUUCCUAUGACUAACUGGUCCCCGUGUGUCAAGGAAAAUCGAUACAAUUUCAAAAAGAAGAGCCCAUGCAUAUUCCUGAAGCUGAACAAGAUCUACAACUGGGUUCCGGACAUGUACAACACUUCGAACAAUUUGCCAGACAACAUGCCCGAUGAUCUGAAGGAGCACAUCCGCGGAGAGGAAGCUCGUGGAAAUAAAAACACCAACGUGGUUUGGGUAUCUUGUUCCGGUGAAAAUCCCGCUGAUAACGAGCACAUUGGAGCGAUCCAGUACAUCCCACGCCGUGGGUUCCCCGGAUACUUCUUCCCGUACAAGAACGUUGAUAACUACCUGCCACCCGUAGUGGCGGUCUAUUUCGAAAAACCAAAGAAUGGCGUACUCAUCAACAUCGAGUGCAAAGCCUGGGCCCGCAACAUCAUGUACGACCGCUCGGAGCGAAGAGGGUCCGUCCACUUUGAGCUGAUGAUCGAUUAAGCGGGCAACGCUUUGGGCACAUUUCAAACGCGUUUUCGAGCGUGAACCAGCUAUCGAGCGAACAGGCACGGGGAAGAGAGUGUACGGCAGCAGGGGGUCAAAUAAGUUGACGCUAGCGUUUAGGAAACAACCGUCGGUGCUGUUUAUCCAUGGGUGCAACAUAAACAACACUGCGGCACAGUUGGGUCAGAGCGAAACCAUUGAUUAGCGAAAAUCAACACAAGAAGCAAGAGGGCGGCCCGCGACACCCAGAGCGUAACACAUUGUAGACGAGCGUUGUGGAGCAAUAUGCAUGAAUCAUUCGGUUAAGUAUUUUAUACGUUUUGCAUGUAUUAGUUGAGCGAUUUGUGGGAAACACGAUUUUAUAGAGGCAUUAGUUACAGGACGUACUACACACGCGAAAUAGGAGACUCAUCGCUAUCAUCGGGCCAGUGUUGAGCUGGCAACGAAUCGGCUGGCAUCUACUCCUGCUGUUGCUGCCGAUGGCGACGAGAACGAUCCGAUGGUUCCGAUCUAUUGACUCCAUCCCUCGAUGAGGGACGGAACAUGGGGAGGGCAAUUGCUUUGGCUGCUUAGAGCGCACUUCAUAUGUCCCUUCAUCCUUCCGCAAGGUAGUAUCUGAUCUCUGGCUCCGAAGUUGCACGCGUCACUAUCGAUUCGCUUCUCAAGCCGAAAUAGUUUGCAAUUAAUAGUACUAGCUCGAUGGGUGGACGCAACGUGAUCAUGCAUCACCGCUGAUGCGGAUCGGAGCGGAUCGUAUUGCACAUUAACUGUUCAUUUCCAUUGAUUCAAGACGCUUCAAACAGGAACAGAAAUCCCUGGACACCGACCGUUUUCAGCAAUGUAGCGAGGCGAAGAACAAAACCAAACAGAAAAACCCAUUCAAUUCCCAUUUGAUGAUGAUAAAACUGCUCGUCAGCAACUGAUUAGCGAGCCCGCAGCGUAGUAUAGUAAAGCGCACGUGAAAAGUGUCGUUUUGGGGAAUACGAUGCAACAUUGAAAUGUCUGCGCGUCUGAAAAAAAAACAACACGAACCGGCAAGAGAGAUAAACGUAGUGAACCCAGAAUAAAACAGAAACUAAA